UUUGAGGAGGCUUUGCCCAGCUGAGUUGGUGGUACAGGAUGUGGGCAGUUAUCGGCAUUGCAUGAGAAAUGCUUAAAGCCUCACGUGAGCAUCUGCGGCCAAGUACAUACGCACCAUGAGCCGACUGUGAAUUGAGCAGAUGGGACUAACUGCAAGCAACUUCCAGGAGCUGUAUGCUGUCAGUCGGGUCACGGAUACGUCAUCACCAACAUGCAGAGGUCUGAAAUCCAGGCUCCCCAGUGGCUGGAAAGUGCUGUAACUGUGGUUGGAGUGCUAACCAUCAUCAGUUCUGAUGUGCAGCCAGCUAACACAGUGUGGUUGACAGCAGUUCUUGUUUUGGGAUUAAUUGCCCAAGAGAUGGAAAGUGCAAGCAGAGGUCACCUUAAGGCAGAAGUACAUUUCAGACCACACACAAAUUCUGGCCUGUUGCUAGGCAACCUUCUCAUCCCCUUGGCAACUGCAUCCACACUCCAAGCUAACCCGAGCAGUUCCAAAGUGGACAGUUACUACCUUAUCGCAGUGGUUCUCCUGUGCACACUGACUCCAGUGGCCAUACUUCUGUGCGCCAUGACAAAGAUCAGAUUUCUCAUUUCCUAUGAGCAGCGUUUUGUGCAUCAACUUUUGAUUAUUCCCGUCUUGGGACUCCUUGUGUGGUCUUCGUGGUUGAGACACCGACUAGUCACCCUGGUUGUUUUGGCAGUGGCCAUACCACUCACAGCCUAUUUCUUCCUAACCAGGUUACUCUAUUUCCUGCCAAGGAGUUUCACGUUGGGCGAGGCCGUUUUCAUUUCCGAGUCACUGACGCUGCUCAUGCUGCAAGCAGCCUGCUCACUGACAGAAGGGACAGGGAAUCUACUGGCAUGCUUACAGGUUUUAGUUCUAGGAUGUGUGGUGCUUGGUGUGGCAAUUUAUCCAGUAGCCAAAAGGUUACGAAUGUUGUCUUGUGGUCAGCGUCCAUUCAAAGAGGUUGACGUAGCCUUUAAGAAGUUGUCUGCUUAUUUCUACCUGUGCCUUACAGCAGCCAUCGUUCUCAUACUUCUACCCUGGUUGGGAUUCUUGCUUCGACAAGAACCACUCCGCUGGGGCGUGUUCUUUGUGACUGCAACAAGAACAAGAAUGCUGCUGUUCUGCCUGUGGCUGCUUUUAGUUAUUGGAGCAGUGGGCGUGGUCACACUUUGGGGGUCCUCCUCCACGAUUGUCAGGAAGUACUUCCACCUCGUGGCCAUCUGUAUCUACGUCCCUGGUAUCCUGUCUGAUGUUCCCCUACUUCACCUAGCAUCAGCGGGAACCCUCUUUAUCUUUGUGAUAUUAGAGUUUCUCAGGAUCUUCCGCGUAUGGCCCGUCGGUGACAUACUGCACAAUGCAUUCACCAUGUUCGUAGAUGACCAAGACUGUGGCAUUGCCAUCCUGACGCACAUCUACCUGCUGCUCGGAAUGGCCCUACCCGUCUGGCUAUACGCAGAGGUCAGAGAUCAGAGUCAGACUGGCAUUUCACUGGCCAUUUACAGUGGUGUUUUAUCCCUCGGUGCUGGUGACACGGCAGCGUCUGUUGUAGGCUCCCUCUACGGCAAGACCAAAUGGCCAGGCAGUAAAAAGACUCUCGAGGGGACAUCUGCCGCCAUUUUGUGUCAGCUCCUUGGUUGCUGUAUGCUAGUCUACCUGGAUCCACGUCUUGCUGCUCUUAACAGAUGUCGAGCUGGAAUCAUAUGGGCGGUUACCCUGACCUCUGUCUUAGAAGCUGUCACCACACAGAUAGAUAACCUGGUCUUGCCUGUGUUUAUGUAUUCACUGUUGCUCAGCCUGCAGUGACAAUUACAAGGGCUAGGAAUCAUGAUUACCAGUCCUCCUCUGGCCAAGGACAACAAUAAAUAUUAAUUUCCAAUAUGCCAAAAAUAGAAUUUUGUCUCCCUUGGCGAUGAAGUGCUUUGACAAUUUUGCAGAGUGGCAAUUGUUUAAAAGAAGAGGUGUCUUCAGAAAAGGUUGGGGCCAUUUUGAUCAUAAUUUUAAUGUUUUCAGUUGGGAAACAUGGCCUAUUGAAAUAAGUGAUAUUUUAGUCCAAAUAUUCUUGUGAAGGCAGUGUUGUACAGUUGUUUUAACAGGUAGUGAAGCUUACUUAAAAUAGUUGUAAAUGCACACGUUUCACAGGUUUUAUGAGUUAUGAAAUUAUAAAUGCUAAUGUAAGAUGACCGAGGCACCCAUUAUCAUGGUGUUCUAAAUACAUUUAAUCAGAGAAAUUGUGUUUUAUUUUUGUACCAGAAAGAGGAAAGAUAUUGAAUAAAAUCUUGUAUUUGUGAAGAGGAUAUUAUUGUAAUCAUACAGGAGGGAUAUUGAAAACGGAAUGCAAAUGAGUUUGAUUUA